CUCCUUCGACGCUGUCUCAUUUAUGUUUUUAUCUAAGAGAUCGAAAUAAAGGAUCAACUUGAACCGCGUACGCGUCAUGAAAGUUUACUAUCGUUUACGGUUAAAUCUUCGAACAUAUAACUCAUCUCGUUCGACUAUUCCCGCGUACCUCAAUCGCGAUAUUCAAGAGCUUCUCGCCAACGAAACGUUGUCGCGCACGUUGUAUCUCGAGUAUCAACAGCCUGUUGUAGAUAGAGGAACUCGCGUGGAAUGUACCGUGUUCGAUUUGUGGACAGCUGCUGCGACCGUUGGGACGCGUGCCCCAAUCGCAACAGCUGCUCCAAUACGAAUGCAUUUCGGUCACAAACAAGCUCUUUAUCGUUCCCUCUUUCUCUCCCUUCCGCGUAUACCAAGUGCACGCGUAAAGGGAGAGAGAGAGAGAGAGAGAGAGAGAGAAAGUCGUUGAAGCGUCAGCGUUAACGGCCGAAAAGUCAGAGAACGAACGGAAAGCGCCGGCAUUUUUGUUCAUUAUUUCGCUCGAUCUCGGUCGUAGCAGAGAAGAAGGAAAGCAUCUUCUCCAUUUCCUUUUUUCCCUAUCCGAUCGGAAACUCGGCUUUUUUUUUGCAAACUUUCCCGACAUGGCACAGCGUCUAAAGUAGUCGAGUGAAAGCGAUGGGAAAAACGAUCGAAAUCGAGAUCAACUGCGAACGAAGAAGAACUGGUAUAUAAGGGAAGGAUUUUUCGUUUUCGAUCGACGACGUUUCUUUUUAGAUCGUACGCCGCUAGCAAAGCCGAUCGAUCGUUCUUGCUUCGGUGCGCGCUGCAAAGGCGGCGAUACUUCCCUCGGUUUUACGUAAGAACGAGUUUCGAUGCGACGACGCCUUUAACGAGAUCGUUGUCGCCGAUCGCGAUAAGCGCGAUUCCACGACCGAUCAGAAUUCGUUUCUUUGAUGGAAAGUGCAAGCCGUUCUCCUUCGGCGCCGCUCGGCCGAGUUUUCUUCCAUGGCGCGUUAUCGAGAAAGUUUCUUCCUCUUUUUUCCUUUUACUCCUCUCGUUCCAUCGCAGAUCCAGAUUUAAUAACAACGAAGUUACAUGGAAGUCUCGUGGUCGACAGAUUUAGGCCAACUUUCUCGGAUAACGUUAAUCACGCGUACACGCGAGUCGCAUCGAUUGUCUAUCGCUGAUUGUACCUCGUCGUCUCUGGAAACCGAUUAGAACAACGAUCGUGACGGUGGUAACGAAAAAUGUAAGUAUGAGAAUAGACCAACGGCGGCGAACGUCGUCGUGCAUGUGCCUUUGCACGCACCUCGCGCGUGCCAUUUCGUCGAACGAAUGAUAGACCUUUCCGAAUGACGGACCGAGCGGGGAAUCCGCGACGAAUACGAUGGUCAUCUAUAGUUGCGUAUUAUUUCUACAAACGACGUACGAGCGAAAAGGUCGAGAGUUAAGGUUUACACGCUUAAACGAGCGACAAUAAAGGUUAGCGCGCUAGUAUGCGCUAUCCUCUCCUCGGGGACCACGGGGAUCUAUUUGCUCUCUGAAAGUUAUCUUCGAUCCUAACGCGAUGUUCACACCGAGAUCGUGCGCCCGUGCGCCUAAUCCCGAUUAGAUUUUUUCUCCGUCGGAAGCUUCAGAGGAUCGUCAAAGAUAUGAAAUGAUUGGAAAGGGGAAGAAAUCGCGACAUCUUUGUAUUUCUUUGGGACCAUCGCGAAACUGCACGAAAGUAACGAUCUGUGUGAAGCGAGCUUAACGUAACACUGGAGGAUACGAGUAUAUCUAUCCGGCGGUCUCUGUUGUCCCUUUCACUGCAAGUCGCUCGCGUGGGAGGUACGUAGAGAAGUUUGUAGCAAUUUCAACCGAGACUAGUCUUUACUCGUAUCUCUCAGUUACCAUUCAAACGUCUACCGUGGAAGAUCUCUUUCACGUUACGAUCGACGAAUUAUCUCGAUAAAUUUCUUCGGUUCGAACUCCGAUCGCGUUGUAAGCGUGAAACGCUUGAAAGGUCUUUAACGAACUCUGGAGGGAGGGUAAGCGAGCGAGAGAGUCGAUCGCGCUUGCACCGCGCGCAACGUAAUAACGAUAAUAAAGUAUUUCACGGAAUAUCCGUUCUCGAAGGAGAACGACUGUGAAACGGAAGCGCCGUCUGAAGAAAAAAGACUUGGAGAAUAAUCGCGUCGCUUCACAAUCGGUCGCACUUGCAUAACGUUAAUUAAGAAAAAAGAAUGGAGGCGACGAGGAUUAAGAAAUCGUUACGCCUCUGUGAAAUCCUCGUCUGAUUGGCCGUAGUCGCGAACGAAUAUCUUUCUACGUCGUUAGAGAUUGCAAAUUCGCGAUAGAAAGCGAAGAGAGUAUCUUUCUUCGACUCGCGAUCGAAUUUAAAAGCCUUCUGCGGAUUCCUCUGCGUUGAGAAUGAGCUCGAUCGAGUCAGCGGAGACCCUCGAGUUUCGCGUGUGACGCGUUAUGUGCGGAGUGCGUAACCGACUCGAGCGAGACGCAUCUGACGCAUCUGACCCAUCCAAAGACGAAAAACAAUGGAAAACGUUUACGUGAUAAAAGUGAAGACGAAGCCGGCUCUCUCGUCGUUGUACCCGUCGGAGCGACGUUACUCGGCCUCGACGGUCGGUGGCCUUGCCCUGGUACACUUUGGCUUAGGCGCCCUUUCCCUUCUUCUAGGCACGCUGGCGCUCUCCGUUCAGGGAGCGAUUUUGUCGAUAGCUUGUUUGGUACCGUUCGUCGCGGGACUUUUAGCCUGGAGAAGGUGGUACAUCGAUCGAAACAUAACCAUCUUCUUUUCCGCAAAUCUCUUCUCGUUGCUGGCGGCCAUUCUUUGCCUGGUCGUGACCAUCCUCGAUAUCGCUGCGGUUGCGGAGACCAAUAAUGGAUCUCUCUGGUCUAUGGAGAAGAUUCUUCGUGGUUCGAGCGAUCCCUUUGUCAUCGAUAACAACAACAACAACAACAACAACAACAACAGCAACAACGUCACCGCUCUCGUCGAGGAGACCACGAUGAAAAUAGAGAAAUUCGUUAACGAAAGCGACAAGGGACUCGCCUACGACGAUCUCAAGGGAGAAAGUUCUAUAUUGUACGAAAGGAGCAUGUCGAUCUCGGGUAACGCGCUGGAAAAGGAAUCGGAAAAUAAGAGCAAAGAAGAACUCGUCUCUCUCGACAGAGACAAAGUUUUAUCCUUUUGGCAAAGGGAUCGGAUCGGGGAAUCCUCGCAGACGGAAACGCUACUUACGGUGAACGUACUCGUUGCUUCUCUUUUGGAAGUAUUUUGGUCCCUUCUCAGUGCGAAGAUAGCUCUACGUGGUAUGAUGAAUCGAUUUCCGGACAUCGAUCACGGUAACAACUUUACCGACACCGAUUCGAAGAGAGUCGCGUCCACGGGACACAGGAGAAAGCAUCCACCACCACCGAGGCCGGAUAUAUUGGAUCACGAUCGUGGAUCAUCCGAAAGCGCGCUAAAUAUCAAUUCCAUGAGCUCCGUUCAAACCGCUGCCCCGAAUCCUGCGCUUCCCUUACCCGAAUCGAGCAGGGAGUUUCGCGAAAGGGUCGAAAGAUUCUUAGCGAAUCAAGCUGCUCUCAGAAUCGUCGAGGGAUCUUGUACGUAAUUAUACGAAGAGGAAGAUGCAAAGAGAGACUUGAUUCGUUCGCCGCGAUCUCAAAGUAUUACGAUUAUUCUCCUUAAAGUAUAAGUAGAUAAGUUGUUACAACAGGGUAUAUACUAUAUAUAUGUGUGUGUGUGUGUGUAUAUAUAUAUAUAUAUAUAUAUCGUUAUGGUAAGGAUAAAUCGGCUAAUUACUUGUCCCCGAAGUAGACGACUAAAAAUAUUCUCUAAGCUAGUUAUACUUACGUAAUCGGUGUCUGGUAACGGAACGAAAUAAAGCCGCCGCCGGCACGUCUCGGCCGACUCGUGUACGGUUAAACGACGGUAAUUAUUUGUAACGAGCGUUCGUUCCAAAAGAACGAACUUCCAACGUCUUCUCGUACCAAUGCCGAACGACUCCUCGGGAUUACUUUAUCAGCGGCCUGCGAUCUCGUUAAUUAAGCGUUCCGCGCUCCGCUUUAAUGAAACUUUUUAAGCGUGUAAUCUCGCGUCUACGAUGCUUAUAUUAAUAAUUAUUGUAACCAUGCGAUGCCGCGCCACUGCAUGCGCGAUAUAUUUAUCAAGGCCUCGGUUUUAACCGUGAAAUUGGUCUGCUCUGAUUCCUGAUAAUCGAGGAAUCUCCUUUGUAAUCGUUCUCGAUGAGUCUUAAACUCGAAUCGAGAACCGUCUAUGCGUACGAACGAGGAAUCUAUGCGGCCAGAAAAUUACGUUCGCGAAGCGAUCUUUUAGCGCUUUUACCUGCGACUCCGCAAUCGCGAUCGUACGAUCGAUUUUGAACAGUAACGUGCCAGCUUGCCUCCUUCUUGCCGUAAUCUAAUGCAUUGCGACAGUUCGACUCUCGCGAGGCCCCGUUGCGAAAUCUUAUAAUCUGAUAUUGGCCAAUGCUAGAGGGGCGCGAGAGUUCAGAGGAAAGAAAAAGACAAUUGCGAAUAAUGGCAGCGCCAACUUUGGAUCCCGCAUUCCUUUUUCGAUAUACUUUUCCUACGUGGUUUCAUCGAACUUACGCUCUACGCGAUUCUUUCUCCCUUCUUCUCGUUUUCCUUUUUCUUACAAAACAAAGCUUUAUUCUCUGUAAUCGUUAAUUACAUCGUUUCACGGCGCAUUGGCUUUUCCGUUAUCUACGUCUUCCUUUCUCUUUCUUAAGGUACACUUGAUCGAGUAAACAACGUUAAAC